ACACAGAGAGACAGAGAAAAAAGGAGAAGUAUCUAUUUGUGCAAAGAGUCACACGGUUGACAGAGUGGGGACCAGUCCCGGCGAGAGGCUUUGCAGUUCCUACCUCGGAGGCUCCGGCAGAACCCAGGCGAGGGACAGCUCCGGGCAGGUGUGAGGUGUGCACUGAAAAUGCCACGCUCCUUCCUGGUGAAGAGCAAGAAGGCUCACACCUACCACCAGCCCCGUGCGCAGGAAGAUGAACCGCUCUGGCCUCCUGCCCUUACUCCGGCAAUCAGAGACCAGGCCCCCAGCAGCAGCCCUGUUCUCAGCACCCUAUUCCCAAGCCAGUGCUUGGACUGGACCAGCCUCAAACGAGAGCCGGAGCUGGAGCAGGACCAGAACUUGGCCAGGAUGGUCCCAGCACCAGAGGGCCCUAUUGUGCUGUCCCGGCCCCAGGACGGGGACUCUCCACUGUCUGACUCACCCCCGUUCUACAAGCCCAGCUUCUCCUGGGACACGCUGGCUUCAACCUACGGCCACAGCUACCGGCAGGCCCCCUCCACCAUGCAGUCAGCCUUCCUGGAGCACUCCGUCAGCCUGUACGGCAGCCCUCUGGUGCCCAGCACCGAGCCCCCCUUGGACUUCAGCCUCCGCUACUCCCCGGGCAUGGACGUGUACCACUGCGUGAAGUGCAACAAGGUGUUCUCCACCCCUCACGGGCUCGAAGUGCAUGUGCGACGCUCCCAUAGUGGGACCCGACCCUUCGCCUGCGACAUCUGUGGCAAAACCUUCGGCCACGCCGUGAGCUUGGAGCAGCACACGCAUGUUCACUCCCAGGGCAUCCCGGCCGGGUCCCGUCCUGCACCUGCGCCUGACCCCCCGGGGCCUCGUUUCCUCCGGCAGGAGCGCAGCUUCGAGUGCCGCAUGUGCGGCAAGGCCUUCAAGCGCUCGUCCACGCUGUCCACGCACCUGCUCAUCCACUCAGACACGCGGCCCUACCCCUGCCAGUUCUGCGGCAAGCGCUUCCACCAGAAGUCGGACAUGAAGAAGCACACCUACAUCCACACGGGUGAGAAGCCACACAAGUGCCAGGUGUGUGGGAAAGCCUUCAGCCAGAGCUCCAACCUCAUCACCCACAGCCGCAAGCACACGGGCUUCAAGCCCUUCAGUUGUGAGCUGUGUGCCAAGGGCUUCCAGCGCAAGGUGGACCUGCGGCGGCACCGUGAGAGCCAGCACAAUCUCAAGUGAGGUUGCACCGGCUCCCGGCUCCUGGCCAGCCUGCCCUGCAGUCCUGUCACCUGGAGGCCAACCUCACAUGCCCAGAUCUCCGGUCUCCUGGAGAUGGGACUGGACGGGAGUCUUCCAGCUUGUUUUGAGACUCACCAAAUUGCUGUGUGACCUUGGGCAAGUCACUUUCCCUCUCUGGAUCAACAUUUCUCCUGCUGCCAAGUGUGGGAGCCUGCCUGGAUCUUUCUGAGCAAAAGCUGUUUCCAGGUGUGUUCAGGUGCCUUCCUCUAGCACAGCACAGAAAGCUCGAAUACCCGCAGGGAGACAGAGAUGCCGAGAGCAGGCCAGAGCUGGGACCCACGGGGAGGCCUGCUGCCCACUGAGCUGGGACCUGGUCACCCUGGGUUUUAGCGGACCUCUUUCUGGCUGCAACAGGCAGAGAGUCGGAGCUGCCUCCUGCCCCAUUCAGAGGCCCGGCACCCCCUCAGCUUCGGCCAGAUGUGCUGACUGUCCCCUACUUCUGACCAGCACUCAGCUGGCCACUGGGGAUUCCAGUUCUACAGCCAGGCCAUGAGGCUGGAGAAACUGGCAGUUACUGCUGUCAAAAGCCUGUUCUCUCAAUUGUUGUCAAUAAAAUUAAAGACAGA